UUUUGUAAGAAGGUUUAAAUAAGUUUAAAAAAUAAACAAAUAUGAUGCUACUGUUUUUAAUAGGUUUCGCAUCAUCACAAAGGCUUAAACAAAGGUGUAAUGUUGGUUUUUCGUUUUACGAAUCUAUUCAACAAAACAGUAAACCACUGGAUAGAAAAUGCUCACAUGAUGUUAAGGCAAUUUGCACAAAAAAUAUUUCUGUCUCUUACAUCAGUAUGCCCCCAUUUACAGAUGGCAAUAUUUUUGGGUUAAAAAACUGGUCAGGAGCUUUCCUGACACAAAUAGUUUCAGCUGCUUUGUCACAGUGUUGUGGAAACUGUUUGAACAUAACAUUUAAUAAAUUAGAAUUUAGGUCUCAAUUAACUGAGACAAUAACCAAACUUAAUAGUGAUAUUAUAUAUCCUAUGUUUACACAAGGAGCUCCUAACAGAAUAAAUUUUAGUCAAAGUCCUUUGAUAAUUCCGCUUGUUAAGUUAUCAACAGCUAUGUUAAUUACAGAACUAAACAUUCCUCCAACAUUGUUUGCAGUGAAUAUAUUUCAUGCUAUUUGUAGUGUAUGGCCAUUGUUUGGUGUCUCAAUAAUGUUGGCGUUUACGGCGGGUGUGGUAAUGUGGUUUUCAGAUACUUGGUAUAACAAAGUGCAAUUGCCUAGAAGUUUUAUUCCUGGAUCAUUUGAGGGAUUCUGGUGGGCUUUUGUUACAAUGACAACUGUUGGUUAUGGAGAUGUUGCUCCUAAAGGUGCAAUAGCAAAGCUAAUUGCAAUGUUUUGGAUACUAUGUGGUAUUACAAUAACAUCAUUUAUUGUCGCAGCUUUAACAAAUGCAGUUUUUGUAAUAAAAAAUCAAUAUAUAGCCUCUGUAAAUAGUGGAAAUAUUGGAUUGUUAAACAACCAUAUUUUUGAAAAAGUGCUUCUUAGGAAAGGAAAUGCAAAGCAAUACCCUAUGGAAACUAUUGAAGAGUUGAUUUAUAGUACAAAAAAUCAAAUUAUAGAUGGGUUUCUUGUAGAUUCUUAUACUGCAAAAAUGUAUCUUCAAGAACAAAUGAAAAGUGGAGAAAAUAAACUGUUUGUCAGAGAUGUGAUAUAUGAUGUUGAUCAAUCAUAUUAUGGUGUUGCAAUCUAUGACGUGUAUCUAAACGAUUUAAUUAAUAAUUAUAUUAUACAUCAUAAAGAUGAUAUUAAUGACUUCAUUAAUAAUUUGUUAAACAAUUUGCCAGAUUUAUCUGACACAAUGAUACAAUCAAAUCUAUUAUUUACUACUCAGUCAGGUAUCUAUUUAAACGUGUUAACUAUAUCUGCUUGUAUGAUUAUUAUUUUGCUUAUCUUUGGUGCAAUUUAUGAAUUCUUUUUGAUGAAAAUAAAAAGUGGAAUCUUCAAUUCAAAUCUUAGUAAAUCAUCUUAUGAUAAAGAAGAAUUACAAAUUGAUAAUGAAAUGAGGCAUUUUGUUAACAAAUGGAGGAAAAGAUUAAAAAACAAGUUUAAUGAAUUUGUUCUAGAUGGGUCAUUUACUGUAAAACACAACAAAAAACCAAAUGUUUCUUUGACAUUGAAAAAAAAAGAAGACACCACAGAAGAAAUAAAAAAAUAUUUUCAAUUUCAAACUAACUUUAAUAAAAUCGAAAAUAAAAAGAAGAGUAAGUACGAAAACAAAAGUUUGGCAAUAAUUGAUCAAAAAGAUUUCCAAGAUGUUAAUAAAAGUAAGUUAGAAAAAAUUAAUUAUAAAAGACCAUUACCACAAUUGCAAUUCCAGGUUUAAAGCUGUUCUUCUUAAACAAGUUUUUAUCUCAAAACAAACAAGUUUUCAGUGAACGUUAAUAAAAUUAUUUGUUUAAA